AUGGUAAACUUCUGCAAUAGAAAGCUCAAACUUCUGAUUUUUGGAGGCGUAGUCAUGGCAAGUAUCCUCCUUUUUCUCGCCUUAAUUUUCGAAGUCUUUUUCUUACUCUCCUACCUAAUUACUUUGCCUGGGUCUCUUUUGCUUUUCAUAAUUUCUUUAUGAUUACUCUUACGAUUUGCGGCACAAAUUUUGAUUUUUCCAGGGUCCUGCUGAUUUUGAAGACGAUCGAUUGAAGCAAGUUUCUGUAGAGAAAUGACGUCACAGAUUUAUUACAAGAUGAAAGACCUUCACUUAUAUUUGGAACAUUUGCAUGAAAAAGCAAAAAAGAGUGGAAAUGAAGAUAAUAACCCUCAGGUAUCGUAUGGGUCGGUAUCAUUUACUUGUCAUCUGAUAGAAACAAUUCAUGAUAACUUAAAAACCCUUGGCAGUUCACUGUCCAAACACCAAAAUCAGUUUUACUCACUUCUAAUAGACCUAAAAUCCACCCUUGAAGAUAUUACAAUUAUUGUGGAUUCUUGUGAUGAAUACAAACUCUGGAACUGAAUGAAAAUCCAAUACGAAAAGCCUGACCCAUCCAAUAUAGUUUUCGAAGAUCGCCUCAAUGACACACAAUUCCACCACGCCAUUGAAACUUGUGAACAAAUUGGAAAAGCCCUUUUGACUUCUUGUGGGCCUACAACUUGCUAUAAAAGGCUCAAAAGAUGGGCACUUGACGACACGCUAGGCUCAGGAAACUAUAUGAGGGCGGAUCUCUUAAAGCGCUUUAAUUCAGAGCAGGUCUGGAUAACUGCAGAAGACGGUGUAAAUAUUGAUGGAUUUUUUGUGCAGAGCACACCUCAAGGCUUGCCACGUCCUUGCAUGCUGAUUUGCAACCCAAAUGCGGGUUUCUAUGAAUUUUCUUUUUUUCAGACUGAGUGGCUUGAAUUUUAUAUAAGAAAUGGAAUCAAUGUAUUUUUGUGGAAUUACAGAGGGUAUGGAAGGACUUCUGGGAAACCGAGUCUGCCAAGAAUACAGAAAGAUGGGCAAAUUAUUGUGAAUUAUUUGAGGACGACAAAAAAUGUGCCGAAAUUGGGGGUGCAUGGAGAAUCGCUAGGAGGGUGUAUUGCGACACACUUGGCAAGGGAGUGUGCACUUGAUUUUUUAUUUGCUGAUCGGACUUUUGCGUCGCUGGAAGAUACGUCGUUUUUUAAUUUUGGGAAAGUCGCAUAUUGGGGGCUGAAAGUGGCCCAGAAAGCUGAUAGCGAUUCUGCAGGAGAUUAUUUGGCUGCAGACUGUUAUAAAAUAUUAUAUUUAAAAACAUAAAUAAAAGCAAUUAAUUCAGCGUAGGAAAAUUAAUAUUAAUUAAAAAAUUAAAUCAAAUAAUGGUAUUAAUCAUAAUUAAUGAGAUAUCAUCAGAUCCUCAAGACAAAAUGAUCAGUGAUUUAGCAUCAUUAAAAGCAGGAGUGGCUUAUAGAUUAACCACUGGGUUUCAAGAAAAAAUUUCAACUUCUCUUUCCAAAUCGAAAAAUAUACCUAAUUGCAAUAAAUAAAAGCAUUUAUACUAGCUAAUAUCCAAUUUUAUAUAUAAAAUAAGACAACAGCUAUAAUUAGGUAUGAUUUUAUUUAUUGUAAUUAAAGCAUAUCAAAAAAUCGCAUAUUUUAACUGAAGACGAAAUUUCAAAUUUUUCUGGCUCAAUUUCUAGGCUCACUCGAUUAAUAGAGCAUUUAUCAAUUUUCAAAAAAAUUCGUGAAGGAGACUCAUUAAAUAAUCCUGGUCACCUAUCAAAAGUCCCUACUCAGUAUCAGCUAUUGGUGAAAGAGACUGAUUCUCUAGAUGAUGAACAAAUUGUGAGCACAGUUAUGAGAUUAAUGGCUGUCAUGGAUAACUUGGAUUCUGGAGGGAGCUCAUUAAGCUCAAUAUCAAAAGCAAAAUUUCAAGAGCUUAACUUGGUAAUAUGAAUUUCUACACUCGAUAUUUGGGGAUCAAGCUUAUAUUUAGCAGGCUCUGAGACUUGUGGUCCGAUUACCUACUCUUAAUUAUAGAAAAAUAAUUAUUUUAAACAUUAAAAAAUAUUUAAAUAAAAAAAUUUUUUUUUUUUUUUGGGAGAAAUACACUAUAAAAUCCAUAAAAGAAGCAAUAAAAGAAUUGGAAAUUGUCAUUUCUUCAAAUGAAAACUCGACAAACUCGCUAUUAAGAGAAAUUUGUAAAGAUGUCGAUAAAGUUUAUAAGAGCCUUCAAAGAGUUCUGAGUUUUCUAGAAGAAAGAGCUGAAAAUACUCCAUCUGAAAACUCGAGCUCAUCUUUUAACCUGAACGAAAGCAUGAUUGUGACAAGUACAGUGGAUUACCAGAAAGCUGGAUUUUUAAUUCCGUUAACUUGUGGGCAUGGAGGCCCGUAUAGUUCUUUUGAAAAAACAAUUUAUGAAAAACACCUUGUUAAUGCUAAUUUUAUUUCAUAA